CGGAGCUGAGUGGACACAACUCACAGGAGCUCAGGAGUUCUUUAACACGGUGUUUGGGAGCAAAGGAGGCGAAGCUCAGUUCGACGACUGUUCCUUUCUUUUCGGCUCUUUCGUGAAACUUCCCACCUGAGCGAACGUUACCCACAGAGGAAAGUGCCGAGAGACUUAAUUGAAGGUGCCAUCUGUGAACUUUACAGCAGCAUCUUUGUGAGCAGGUGUAGUCGAUGCUGUAAAGGAUUUAGUCCACAUCAUGGGUGACAUUCCACGAAAUUAAUGGUUUCCGUCCACUCACGUGAAGAUUCUCUGCUGUGAGGCUGAACUGUGCUUUUAUAACAAGCAGCAUUUUGUGUAUAAAGAUUAUGUUGAUGAAGGAGUACCGCAUCUGCAUGCCCCUCACCGUGGAGGAGUACCGGAUCGGGCAGCUGUACAUGAUCAGUAAGCACAGCCAUGAGCAGAGCGAACGUGGGGAGGGGGUGGAAGUGGUUCAGAAUGAGCCCUAUGAGGACCCUGAGCACGGAGCGGGACAGUUCACUGAGAAAAGGAUCUACCUCAACAACAAGCUGCCGAGCUGGGCCAGAGCAGUGGUGCCGAAGAUAUUCUAUGUGACAGAGAAGGCUUGGAACUAUUACCCGUACACUGUUACAGAGUACACGUGUUCCUUCCUUCCCAAGUUCUCCAUCCAUAUAGAGAGCAAGUAUGAGGACAACAAAGGCAGCAAUGAUAACAUAUUUGGCAGCGAGCCUAGAGAUGAGGAAACUGAGGUGUGUUUCGUGGACAUAGCCUACGACGAGGUCCCUGAACGCCACUACAAGGAGUCAGAGGACUUGCGGUACUUCAAGUCAAGGAAGACGGAGCGAGGACUCCUGCAGGAAGGAUGGAUCAACACUCAAGACCCCAUCAUGUGCUCCUACAAGCUGGUCAGCGUUAAGUUUGAAGUGUGGGGCCUGCAGACACGCGUGGAACAGUUUGUACACAAGGUAAUCCGAGAUAUCCUUCUGUUGGGACACAAGCAGGCCUUUGCCUGGGUGGAUGAGUGGAUAGACAUGACAAUGGAGGAGGUCAGAGAGUAUGAGCGUGCCACUCAAGAAGCCACAAACCUCAAAAUCGGCACCUUCCCUCCAGCCAUCUCCAUCACAGAGACGGCCCUUCCAUCUAGCACCCGCAGCGGCCCAAACAGCGCCCCGUCCACCCCUCUCUCCACAGAAGCCCCCGAGUUCCUGACUGUCCCGAAGGACCGUCCCAGAAAGAAGUCUGCCCCGGAGACCUUGACCCUGCCGGAUCUCCAGAGCCGCCGGGAUUCCAUUUUCAAACUUCCCAGCUUCUUCUCCUGGAACGCCAGCCCUCAGCCCGAAUGAGAGCGCGACGGAAGCCGCCCCAAACGUGUAUACGCCCUCUACUCUCAAUGAAGCAGAGGAUGCCUGCCUGCCCAGCACAUCCCAUAAUGCCCCAUCAGCCAGCCAGCUGAAGGAGACUUGUCAGCAUGACUGGCAGAGCCUGCAGACAGGCAAGCCUGAAGUCUUGCAGUUCCUUAAAAAGGCAUGGAAACUCCAGGGUGGCCCUUAAAAAGUCCAGUUAAGUCUGCCAGUGAGCACCACUUAGCCCAAUUAGCUGUAAAAUACAUUCCUUAAAAAAAGCUCAGGGUGUGGUUGCUCAGAUAUGUUGUGAUUGAAACACAUGAUGCACAUUUGUGUUGUUUUGCUUCUGGCAGUGUGCUUCAACACGUAUGUGUUGUUGGGCCUGUGACUGUAACACUCGAAUACUACUAUGGUUUCCACAGCCACACUUGGUUGUAAGUGAUUGUAUAGCUGUAAAUAGCAUAUGGUUUUUAUUAUUAAUACUAAACAAAAUCUUCAGACCGAGUGCAUUUUAGGCUGGUGGACUGUAACCAGCUUGUAAAUACAACAUCAACAACAUGAAAAAGUAGAAACCGGAUAUGAUAACGCAUAAUAGUCAAAAAUGUAUUGACAACUGCAUUGAAACACAAACAUAUUCAGGUUAUAUGAUCAUGUUCAAUCCUAAUGGCAAAGGCAAGGUCCCCUGCAAAACGUCAUUGGACACAGUAAGACAGUGAUGUUAAAAUAAGACAACGGUGCAACAUCUCCACAUAGCCAGCCACCAAGUGAUGACUCAGCAUCAGUAAUGUAAAUAUUGUCAUUUUCACCCAAUCAUCAGAUUUUAUUCAGGACUGUAUCCUUACUAAUAACAAUCCUGCUUUCAUGCUAACUGACUGUUGUGUAUUUAAAUGACACACUACCUAUUUACUGUGCCAGUGUUUUGCAUGGGUUUGGCAUAAUUAUGUGCGUUCUGUGUAGUUGUAAACUCAAACUGUAUUGACUUUAUCCUAUGCUGGAGUUAACGUUAUGUAAAUGAAAUGAAUUGAAAUAAAAUACUGUAGCAGCCAUAUGUGUGUGGGGUUUUUUUUUUU